AUGAAAUUCUUCUACCUUUUUGUUCUAUUUCCAAUAUUAUUAAAAUUUUGCGAAUGCGGUCCAUUUCUUCCUUUAGAUCGACAACUUAAUCCUAUCGAUUUUGAUCCCAAUGAUGAUCAACACCCUUUGGACCCUGAUCAACUUAUAGAUCAAAUUGAACCUUCUGAACAACCUGCUCAACAAGAACCUAUAGAACCACAACAACCAACUCAACCAUCUACAGAACCCGAAGAGUUACAACCAGAAACUGUUACAGUAGAAGUUCCAGAACCCGUUACAUCAGAAGAACCUAAAGAAUCGGAUCAAACUGAAGAACAAAAACACGAAGAACCUGAAGCAUCUCCAGCUCCUGAACCAGUUGAUGAACCCGCAGUUCAUGCUACUGAAUCUACUCCUACUAAGGCAAGUUCCAGCGGUGAUGGAGCAGCUGUUUGUCAUGGAAAACAUCAUGAUUAUGACUCUGACGGUAAAGAAUCUAAAUCCGAUCAUGAUAAGCGCCCGAAGGAUAAAAAACCAUUCGUGCCCAAGACAUCGCAAUGUUGUGGAUCAUACUUCACAAAUUCAUAUAAAAUCACUGUAGCGUUUGACUGGUGGUUAUGUGACAAGCCAUGGCAAUACGCUCUAACAUUGUUGGCCUUGUUUGGCUUUUCAUUAUUGAGUCCAUGUUUGAAGGCCUACAGAGAAGUCCUCCGUGCAAAAGCUAUUAGGAGUUUUAUCUUCGAUUGUUUUUUGACACACCUCUUUCUCUUUUUGAUUGCUUUCUGUGCUUAUGCAUUGGACUUUUUACUCAUGCUUGUUGUAAUGACCUUCAAUGUUGGUGUAUUCUUUGCCGUUAUCACAGGCUAUACUGUGGGCUACUUGGUUUCCUCAUUAGCCUAUUCAACUUUACGUUCUCACCCUGCCAGGUCCAGCUCUUUUUCUCGCAUUAACGAAGAUUGUUGUUAA